UCCAUGCCACACGAGACUUGUUCCCCAGCCUGAACAGGGCCUGAAUCAGGGCCUCAGGGAGCAGGAUGGAGGCUGGAAGCCAAGAGGAGGGUCAGACCCGGAGGGGAAGUGAGAGUCUGAGUAGGUGUCCAGGGUUGAGGGUGGAGACUCAGGGCAGGCGUGUGUGUUGAGAAGGAAGUCAGAAGAGAGGGGCUGCGUGUGGGGAGGUUUGUGAGAACAGACGCCAAAGACCCACUUUCCGAGAGAAAGAAAGCACAUCUGCAAAUAAGAUGUUGUUUCUGCAAAUGGCGUUGCUCACAGUUCUUGUCCCAGGUGGUGACAGUGACGACGACUUCCAAGAGCCAAUCUCUUUUCGAACCAUCCUGACAACAUCCUUUUGCAACCCUUCGUGGACACAGAAUCAGGGCUCAGCUUGGCUGGAUGAACUGCAGACUCGUGGCUGGGACAGCAAGACGGGCGCUUUCAUUUUUCUGUGGCCAUGGUCCAGGGGAAACUUCAGCAAUGAGGAGCUAAUGGAACAAGAAAAGUCAUUUCACACAUUCUUCACGAGAUUUCCUCUGGUAUUUCAGGACCAUGCCAGUCAAUGGCAGCUUGAAUAUCCCUUUCAGGUACAGCUGGCAGGAGGCUGCGAUUCUCACUUUGGAGAGGCAUCAGCAGGCUUCAUGCAGAUUGCGUAUCAAGGAUCUGAUCUCGUGAGCUUCCAGAACACGUCAUGGUGGCCAUCUCCAAAGGGAGGAAGGAGGGCUCAGGAGGUCUCCAAACUAUUCAAUCAGUACCACGUGGUCAACUUACGAAUACAAGCAAAUAUUAGUGACAUCUGCCCCCGUUUCCUCUUGGGUCUUCUUGAGGCAGGGAAGGCAGACCUUCAGCGACAAGUGAGGCCAGGGGCCUGGCUGUCCACUGGCCCCAGUCCGGGGCCUGGCCGUCUGCUCCUCGUGUGCCACGUCUCUGGCUUCUACCCAAAGCCAGUGUGGGUGACGUGGAUGCGGGGUGAGAAGGAGCACCAGGGAACCCGACGAGGCGACGUCUUGCCCCCUGCUGAUGGGACAUGGUUUCUUCAGAUGUCCUUGGACGUGGAAGCCAGGGAGGCAGCUGGCCUGUCUUGCCGAGUGAGACACAGCAGUCUAGGAGGCCUGGACAUGGUCCUCUACUGGGAGCAGCCCCGCCCCGUGGGCUUGGUCUUCCUGGCGGUGGUCGUGCCCCUGGUGCUUCUGGCAGGUCUUGUGUUCUGGCUCUGGAAGCGUCGGAAAACACACUGGAGACAUCGGUUCACCGGCCUCCCUUUAGAGCAAGAUCCCGGCAGCCCAGGAGUCAGGACAUACUUAAACCCAGCUCAGUGGUGAUGGAUUUGCAAGUCUCUGUGCGCAACUUUUGUCUUUUCUCUCUGCUCGAUGAUGGGUUGUCAAGAUGAGUUAAGUGUAAUUUAGCAAGAUUUCUUGUUCUGAUGUGAUGCUGGGGCUUAAAUCUGUAAUUUAUCUCAGAGUAAAAUGAAGUCCGAGUACCUCCAUGGGUCAUAGGCAUCUGUGUCACUUCCUCCAGGGAGCCUUCCCUGAUCCACAAGAGGAAGCGGUCUCUGCCUGGUGUGAAUUUCCGCCACUUUAACCUGCACUGUGGAUAAUCUGCGCCUCACUUCCCAUCCUUUUUGCCCCACAUUUACAUCCUUUUUCCCUUCCAAUUCCUAGGUCUCUUGAGUGC